GUAGAAAAAUUGUUAAGUGUAGCAUCGAAUGGUUCGUUGAAUAUUAGAAUUACGAAUAUAGCGACAGAUAAGUUUCCGUUUGUUGCGAUAAGAACAAAGUGGAAAUAUAAAGAUCGAAGGAUUAAAGAUGGGUUGAAGAACUCACACGCACGACGCUCGAUUAUCUCAAUCAAAUUUACACGUGACCGCCAUACAACCCAAUUCACACGCGCAACAAUCUAUACUCACUUGCUAUCGAUAAACAUCCGUUCGAUUCACUAUCGUUUCGCACGAAUCUUUCGCUCAAACUCUCUGUUCCGCAUUCACUCAAAAUUACGAUACCACACCUAGAUGUACACUGGGUCUGAAUUCUCUGGAAAUGUUUUUCCUGGCAUUGAUGGACAGUGUCAGCUUCUGGUAGGUCUGCACAGUUGUGGCGGACUCUGUGGUCGUCGCGGAUUCCAACGAAAAUUGGUCUUCGGUGGAGGACUCCUCGACGAAUUCUUCCACUGGCUUCACCGCCUCGUUUGGAGUCAGGUUGCUCGAUUUUGCGUGAUCCUUCGCCCGAACUGAGCUUACGAACAGCAACAGGACGAAGAAUAAGAGUUUCGUCGUAAUAAUCUGUCGAUCCAUUCUGCGUUGGCGUAUUUCGUAGAACGAAAGAUGGUGGAUGUGUUUAAGAUGUUCUACAGCGGUGUGUCUGUUGCACUAAACAGGAUCUUCGGCGAUUCGGCGUCUUUAACACGCGAGAAACUAGAGUCGACGUGUUCUCUAAAAAGCGUGAAGGUGAAAUUCGUCUCUUAAUCAUCAGCCUUACUCCAAUUGCCGUUGACAAAGUACUCGUUUAGUUCCAGCUGAGGCGUGGGCGAAGGGGACGCUGCAGAAAGAUUUCGACAACGUAUUCUUGCGACACUUUGGUGUCUAAAAUUAAUUGUACAGAAGGUUUCAUUUAUAGCACGAAUUCUGGUAGCCUGUUGCUCUAAGACACAAGUCAUCCGGUAUGUUCCCAUUCGCUCAAGUUCACCAACUCGUUUCAGAACGAACAGAAAAACGUUUCACUCUAUCAUUGCACCGUUUGCCGAACGAUUUAUCAAACGUACUGCAUUAUUCCUGAGUCACCCUAUACGUAAGAUAUACAAAGCUACAUCUUUGUUAAAUUAUCACGUCGUUAACAUCGAAAUACACCAUUUAUUAUUAACGACGAGGUAAAUUACUUUGAGCGUAGAAAUGUUUCUUAUCGUUUCUAUCAACUUUUGACUAUUUGCAUUUCUAUCAAAUCAUUAGCAUCGCGUACGAUACGAAUAUCACAAAUAUCUUGUAAUUUCUACAUACAGGGUGGUGCGCGAAUCGGUAGCCACGAUAUUUCAAACACCAGAUAAUUUGGCAACAGAAACGAGAGUUAAUCGGUAAAAGGAAAACCUAAACUACUUGUAUCGGCAUUUGUAGCCACCUGAAAACGCGCUAACUUUUGGUUCAAAACAUUUCACGUGGAAAUGUAGAAAGGAAAUGAAAAAUCGUAGCGACCGGCCACCCAAUAUAUUUUCAAACUUUACUUCAAUUCGUUUCAUCUACUAAUUACUCUACUUUGUAUACUUUAUUUAUACUUUCUAUAUCUUCGAAUUGCCCGAAUGGAUCCAUCGAAAUCCGCGGUCUAUUCGCAAAGGAUAACCAUAAGCGUUCGAGUAUUCUCGCGAACCUGUGUAAGUAAGUUCAUCGUCAAAACGUUCAUCGGCGGUAGUUUCUAGACGAUCAGAUAAUUACAAUUGUCAGCAGCUUGUCUUCUCUCUGCUUAAUACUUGUUUUCAUUAUCGGUACGUUAACAUCUUGGCGAGGUCGGAACGAAAGUGGCCGGAAAAAUAAGGAAGAAAGAACAACCGCGAAAGGGGAUAGCCUAGAUGUCGGGACGAUAUUCACGCAUCGACAACCAGUUUCCAUGGAAAGUACACUUUGGAAUAACGAAAGGUUUUUAACGUCGAGAACGCGUGUUAACGCGAGAAGUCACGAAACUCAUAGAAUAGACCCACGUAACCGACCACGUUAUGUCGGAUUUCUCGGAUGGAUUCUGGGACACUUUUCACGCUGGCCGCAUAUAAAACCUGCAAUGAAAGAAAUAAUCGUUUAACGCGUUUCCCGGCUACACUUUUCCCUGGUUUCACCGUUGCUCGCUCGUUAAGUCGUGGAACGAUUAACGAUGUAUCUCGACAUUUUCACGAUCAAUUAGGCAAUCUUUCAGAUACUACAACUUUGUCUAUACCUUGUGUUCGUAGUUUCGUAGGAUUAUCGGCUUAUUGGAUUGUGCACGUGUGAAAUUUUCUAACGAUUCUAUACGUGGCUAUAGCUUACGAUUACGACGGUUCUAUCGGGCUGUAAAAGUCGUUCGUAAGUGGAUUUAACAUUUUCAAGUCGUCUUAUCUCUCAGACGCUAAAACUCUCGAGCUUCGAGUAUUAUUCAUUUUAUUAUACUCGUAGUAUAUUAUACUGGCAGUGAAACGUGGCUAUAAGAGAGCUGGUGAUUUUAGUAGGUUAGAAGAUUCAUCCAGAGAUGGAUGUGAAAUUUUAAAAUCUCCGAUUUUAUCCCUACCGCGAAAGAAUGAUAUUUUCAGAAACGUCAAUCUUCUGUGAUUCUGCUAUCGAAAUAUCCAUAGAUAUAAGUUCCUUUAAUUAAUAAAUAAAGUAAAUAAAAUAAGUAAAUAUUCAACCAAAUCAAUUAGAACGAUUCGACCAUGAAAUAAUAAAAGUAAGUCGUGGUGUUGGCGAAUGAGACGAAGAGGUUGAAGGAUAAGUGUCGUAACCAGGGACAGGAAGUCGAUCGGUAAAACAAAUGGAUCGUUAAGGAAGAAACCGACCAGCUGGUUGGAUUUCUACGGGUGAGGCGUAAAAUAGGAAGGAAAAAUGUUUUAUUACACGGCUUCACGGAAUCUGAGCAAAGAGCGGAAAGGGGUGAAAAGACUUUCUAAGGCGAGUUUUAUCAGCGAGCGGCGAGAGUCUGGCCUUGUUUCAAACAGAGGUCAAGUCGUGCCCAGGAACUGGUUAAAGCAGAUGUUAGAUACAAGAUAAACCUGUACAAUAGCAAUCCCAUGCACGACUUCUUCGUGUCCGAAUAGUCAUCGUGACUGUCGCCUUUUAAUUAACAUUCGUCUGAAACUUUCGUUCCGUUUUCUUUCAAAGAUCAAUUACACUUCGUAGCUUAUAUAUACGUGUAAUUUAAUAUCUUAAAUUACGAGCAUAAAUCUAUUACGAUAUGCGAUAAGAAAUAUUUAUAAGUGAUCAGGAUUAUUGUGGUAAAGUAGAAGCUUUAAGAAUUUGUCAUUUCGAUCGCCGAUAUCUUAUUGCCACAUCUUAUAUUCGAUUUAUUUAUUUGAGAAUUUUCUGUCAUUUAAAAAAAAUUUUAAAAAUUAUUCUAAUUUAUUCUAUUUGCAUUUACAAAAUUAACUUGACAUACUUUAUGCCACAGAUACGAGCACAUUUAUUUGCCGGCUUGACCAACAUUGAUUCACGUUCGCCAAUUUCUAAUUACUCUGAUCAAAAGACAUCUUAAUUAAUAGAUUAAAGCAUUCUUUAUCAAGGAAUCUCAUUUUUCUGUAUAUUAGGCUGAAAUAAUAAUCGCAACUUGUGUUUAACUAUCCUCCGUUUAACGGUGGAGAAACUAGUGGAAUAAUUUUGAUCUGUUAACAAUUCGUAAGAGAUUAUUAUUUUCGCUAACAGAUAUAAACAUUCGCGAGUCUUUGGUUUUAAAGGGAAACAAGGCCUUUUUGUAUUCUAUUUAAAAUAGUAUCAGAUAAAUUGUUUUUAAACGACAAAAAGAGCUGGAAUACUUAAGAAAAAUGCCAGAAAAAGGGAACUAUGAGUUCCUAGUGUCAAUUGAUAAUUUCUCAAGAAUCUCAAUCGACAAUUUUUCCAGACCAAUAGCAAAACGUCACAAAUGUUUCAUUUACAAAUGUUGAUCACUUUUUCGUUUCUACGACAUUUACAAAUUUUCUUCGUUUUCGCUAUUUUUGUUCGUGACGUGGUUCCUUCGAUGUUUCACAGAAUUCUAGAAAAAUCCGUCGGUUUAUUAAAAAAAACACAGGACACACGACACACGAGUCACGAGUUUCUGCACACGAUAUUCCCCUUCCGUUUGGGUCGGCCGACAACGAAAGUAGACGAUCCCUGCACUUGACAGUCGUCUGUUCUCUCCUUUUUCCAAUGCGCGUCCUGCUGCUCGUUUUCGCGGUUAUCUACGCCGGAGAACGACCUAAUUCCGGUUUCGAGUAGGCCAAGCGACCGCACCGUCAGACCGGAAUCGGAAGGGAAAAAUCCUGGCUCGUUGCGCGUCCAUCGGAAGUCCAAUGGAAUCGAACGAUCUUCGUCUUCGGGAUAAUACAAAGAUUCGUUCGAGUUUCUAUCAAAUGUUUCGCAGCGUUUCGAAAACUGUUCGAGUUUCUUUAAAAAUCAUGGAAAAUUGCCAACAGCUUAAACUCGAAGUUGCAGUAUCUCUCAUAGAAUGAAUUUCCUAAUAUCAAAUUCAAACUUUUGAUCUUCUAGCAUUUUUCCUUCUUCCAUUAUAUUUUGUAUCUUGUAUCUUCCAUUGUAUUUCCAUCGCACUUUGUAUCAUCGGAAAAUCAACGUCGAGUCGAUGAUCCGAGGUUUCACGAUCGACCAACGAAGAAAAAUCAAUUUACUGUUUAUCGAUCCUAUGGAAUUUGUUGAAAUUCGUAGCGACGCUAUAGAAAAAUAUUUCUAAUAGAAAUAUCUGUAAUAAAAAGAGGAAGAAAAGAUGGUUCGCAAAAUAUAAGUGUUUGAUGGACCGAGAACGAAGCAGGUAAGAAAUUCUCGAAGAGAAUCCUGCAGAAUCAUUGACCUGACCUAAGAAAUUCCUGUUGGAAGAAAGAAAUUAACGGGAGGUUUGUGGGUCGAGGAUGCAAAAAUGUGAAAAUCCGGGCACGUGGUACGGAAACUGCUCGUAAAACGGAAAACGUUAGAGACGUUUCACUGGCGGAGCAAGGUGGAAGAAUUUCAUGGUGUGACAAGAGAUAAAAAAGGGGAAAAACUCACGGGGUUUCUGUGCCGAGAAAGCGCAAAAACAGCGAAACGAUCGACUCCCUCUGACUAUAAAACAGCAAGGAAUUGGUGAUUUAUCGAGCAUGAACAUCGUCAUGCUCGUUCCUCUACUCCUUUUUCCCUGUGUCCUUAAUCGAUGAACGAAUUCCAUAUGGCAAGACGACGAAAUUCGCCUGUGAAACAAUAGCAAGGGACUUUUAUCGACGUUAGCCAUCUUUUCCCUCUACUAACUUACCAUUGAAAACGCCACUAUCAAAGUGGAAGAGCCGCUGAAUAUAUUGAAACUAUUUUCAUUGCGAAUCGAUUCACUUUUUAAUAUCAGAGUUUAAUUCUCUGGUUAAAAGGAUUCGUCUUGUGCUGCUGUAUUUAUUAGAAAUCCGUGUGAAAGGAUUCUUAUUAUUAGAAUCUAAUUUUGCUAUCGGAAAUAACACAAUUCUCAUUCUCAUCUUCGUCAUUCUCAUCUUUCCAUGAUCUACGAAUUUCUUAACGUUAGGAACUGUUGGGUUGGCAACUGAGUGAUUGCGGAUUUUGUCAAUACCACCUAAUGACAAAAUCCGCAAUUAUUUAGUUGCCAACCCAAUAGUUUUAGAGUGGAAGGAUUAUUUUCGCUAUCAUUUUUGUUAGAAAUUUCUUCGAAAAUCGAUAUUAUAAAUUUAAUUUUCUUGUAAAUUUGAAGGAUCGUUUCAGAGAGUGGCCAUUUUCGUUGGAACUUUGUUGAUCAAGGUCUUCCUCAACGUCGUCGAUACUUUUAUGGUCUGAAGGAAGCUCGAUAGCGAGUGUCAGUGCGAAGGAACCGGUUUUUAAAGAUCGUCGGUCAACAAAACGUAUUUACUGGCAAGAUAUCUAUGAAUCGACAAGAAUUGUUCAUUGAGAAAAAUGGAGAACGCCGCCAGCGUGAACGGCUGACAUUCCGAAUCAUAACCAGAAAAACCACCGUGCAAAGUAGCCGUUGAUUGUCCACGCUGGAAACAAUUAGUGCGUGACGAACCCUGGCUUGCUCGCGAUUCUAUUCGCACCUUGAAGUCAACAAGAGCCGAGGAAACUCUGGAGGAACUUCUGUUCCUUAAAAUCCCCUGAAACUUACGAGAAACCUAACACUCGACGUUUUACGAUAUCCGUUAAAAAGUAUGGAAAAUUGAAAAUUGACGAGCACUGGAAAGCAUCGGCGACUUAAAAAUUCGUUCUCCUCUUUUCCAAAAAGAAAAACAUAUUAACCCAUUGGCAUGGCACUGGUGUCUGUCAAGUAGUUUCGGACAUUGUGGCCGUUCCUUAUCGAUUGAAAGCUUUCGUUCGUUAUCGCGUGUCUAUGCGAUAACCAAACUGCGAAUAUUUAUUUCUACGAAGACAAUUUAAAAAACGAAGCGUAGAUAGAAGCUGUUUUGUCUACGAAAUACUCCAACGACAACUAAAUACAUCGGGUGGUACUGAUAACCGCGUUGUCAUGAUCCUGGUUUUAUCAGCAGAAAGAGGACAAGUGCCGUUGGAGGAUAGUAAUUCUUAUGGAGGAAAAGUAGUGUACGAGGAACGGUCAGCCUGAAAAAGUUAUUACGCCGAUGAUAGGCAACUUGAAAACGUCACCAAACGUAAUUUAUCGACGAGAUGUAAAGCAACGAAACAUAGAAAAAAGAAAAGCUACAAGUCGAAACUGCACGAGAUGAAGAUCUGUGUCAGUUAGCUCGCCAAAUCCUCGCGUAGAUGCCCAGCUGACAAUUAUCAGCAGCUAGAAGAACAGAGAUACGAGAUGAAGAGAAGAAUGGUGGACGCGACCGACACGUCCGUUCUCCAGGUGACCAAGCGUACGGAGCGUGGACGAGCUUGUUGCAGCACGUGGUUGCACGAGCGAGACGCAAAAUGGACCAGGUGUUCAGGAAGUGGGGACCUGGAUUAAAAGCAAACGAGGGCAACGUCUCCGCGACAGAGCCAUCUCGGACCUUGAACAGUGGAGGUCGACGCGCGGUUCAGCUACCUUUCGGUUCACGUUGCUUACUUCGUGGUUUCCUAACGGGUUCCUGGCUGCCCUUGGUUCCAACCGAUCCUACGAUCGUUCGUUGGUUCGCUGCAGCCGAAAGUCGCUGCCAGGAUUGCAGAACUUGGACGAAGACCAUCGAAAACGAUGGCAGCGAGAGGAGCGAUCUGCCUGCUGCUGCUGGUGACAUUGACCCUGAGGGGCUCGCAGUGCAACGCAAGAUACGUCGCGAAAGUGAAGACAAACGCAUCCGAGCUUUUCAGGACGAGGGGGGAAAGUCUGAGGGUACUCGACGGACCGAUCGCGGCCACGCGAAGUCCAUUACAUCAGGAGGCAAAGCCUGUCUUUCAGAACAGCAACCAAAGGAUGAUCAAGGACUUCCCCAGGAGCGAGGACGAGUCGAUUAACGGAUUUGAGACGUCCACCUUCAAUCCGGACGUGUUGAACAAGUUCCUGGAGGAGUACGCGAGUAAGAUCAAGAGCAGCACGGACAAGUAUCAAAGAUAUCCGUUCAGGAUCGUGAAACCUGCCGAAGCUCUGUCCCUUGAGGUGGAUGAUCAAACUACUACACAGUCGACUAAUACCAGUUACGAUCAAAAUAUUAAGGACGAGGAGGAUACUAUAAAUUCUACGUCCACUGAAGACGGGUUAAGCGCAACGUUGAACGACACCUUGAAGAGGAACAAGUAUUACGGGGCGAAUUCGCACGAAGAUAGAAAUGGUUGGGUUACUUUGGAAGCAAUACCAUGGUCGAAAAGCAAAAUUUCUAAAUGGCAAGCGACUCCAAGUACGCAGCGGCCGUGGCCGGAAGUGAAACCAUGGGACAAACCGAGCAUUGGGAAACCUUGGGCCUCGGAUUACUCUAUCAGACCAAUCUACGAGAACAAUAAGCCAUGGUAUGAAAAGCCAAAACCAACUUGGCCAGAGAACACCAACGAGAAACCAUGGCAAAAGCCUACAACUCGCCCUGCUUACUAUACCGAAAAGCCUGAAGAAACUCAGGCUCAAAAGUGGCCUCCUGAGAGGCCGUCUUGGAACAAUUAUUCUGACCGUCCAAAUAGCGACAUAAUUACCGACAAUCGUCCAGCCAAUUUCCCAAGUAACUGGAACAGACCUCAGCCAACGAAACCAAGUUAUCAAUAUUUGGAUAGAUACGCUGAUAAAAACCAAGGAGAGGAGAAUAACGAUUGGCAUGAUUUUCCAACGAGAUUCGACGAUCGUCUACGGCCUUCUACGGAGAGACCAGGAUUCUCUCAGUAUCAAUAUGUAAACAAUCAUCCACAGAGUUAUCCCGGAAACGGGGAUGGGCAGUGGGUAUUGCUGUCCACGAACAGAGGCUACUCCAAGUCCAGACAAAGGUCGAUGAAGAUAGAUUCGAUAAGUCAAAUACAGAACGUUACUAAGAGCGUGGACAGAAAAGAGGAAGAACCUGACCCAGCGAUCGCCGUGGUCACGUCCAAAAGACAGGUUGACGGUGUUACCGUCGAUCAACGGCACAAAUACGACAACAUCGCACGGAGGUCUUUUGGAAGUGGAGAAAACCUUCAAGAGCGUGGACCAGAGCCGAAGAGAGUACGAAAUGGAGAGGCAAACGGUACCGAUGAUUCUAAGGAAGAGACCUAUCAGAAACACGUUAGGAAAUCAAGCAUCUAGCUCUGCUGUCUUGGCUGCUGUCGGUGCUGGGAUAUUACCGGCAACGAUGGCGAUGAUGAUACCCAUGUUUCUUGGCCGACGAAAGAGGGACCUAAUGACUUCCGGAUCGAGGCUCCUCGAUGAGGAUGAUUCAGUGACGAAUAUUCGUGAUCUCAAUCCCACGAACGA